GACAUCAAGGCUGCCUUUGACAAAAUACAGCCAGUCAAGCCCGAUGCGUUGAUCGGAGAAUGGAAAGGUGGUGGUCUCGACACUGGCCACCCAGCUUAUGCACAAUUCAAAGGCAUGAAUUGGCUAGGAAAGACAUUCCAUUCUACUAAAUCUGUCGACCCUAUCGUCAUUGACAAAGGUGGCAGAAGAGCCUGCGAUGAGGAUUGGGGGCAUGCACGUCUUCGUCAGAUUGAAUUCCGGGGUGUUCAGUCAACCACGAUGAUCUAUGAUAAUUAUCCCAUCAUUCACCACUUUCGACGAGUCAGUAACGAUUUAAUUACUGGGGCAAUGGAUACCAAGAGUUUUGGAAAUGUUGGGACUUACUACUUCUACUUGUACAAAUAG